AUGAGUUGGCCUCGUAUACUGAAGCAAGCACCUCGGUGCAGUCAUUGUGCGCCAGCUACGGAACCACAAUUUGCAGCAUCUCUGCAUGAUAUCACCAAUCCCUUCCGAUCUCGCUUUCGUGGUUUUGCUUCACAACACGGCAACAAAAGCUCGUCAGCCGCAUGUCUCGGCAAAGGCGUCACCCGCCGCUUGUCGCCAGCUUCUACAGCGCUUGCAAAGAAAAAGGCCAUUGACAGAGACUUUAUCGUCUCCGUCUUGGAGUCGGCAACGAAGCGAGAUGCCAAAGGCUAUCUACAGAAAUAUACCAGCAAGAACCCAAAGUCCCUCGCAGAUGCGCCUUUGUUCGUCCAAGGUGAACUUCAGCAGGAAGCUGUGCCCGAAGCACCGAAACCUCCACAUGUUGCCAUCAUGAAGCUUCGCGUUCCUCAGGAGAUUGAUGAUGAGACUCUUGACGGAGUUGCGAACACACUAUCCCAAUUGCGUAAACUGGGCCUCUUGAGCGUGGUUGUGAUCGAUUGUGGCAUGGAUGAAUCCCGUAUGACUUUCCAAGAACAGACUUUCCGGCUCUGUGAGGCCAUUGAUCGGUUCGGAGAGCAUGGUGCUCGCGCUGUCGACAAUGCGUUUGUGUACUCAGAGCCCUCUGCGCAAGAGAGUGUGUCGGAAGCAUCGUCGCCCAUUGAUAUUCGAGUUGAAGACCCUGGUUUUCUUGACCGCAUCCUGCACCACAGGAUGAUGCCAGUUAUUCCUUCAGUUGUCACUCGUGAUGUCACCCGACCACCUCAGCCUGUUGACUCAAAUCAAAUCGUGUUGGCACUGACCCGAUACUUUGCUGGCCUGCAGUUCAAUAGUGUUGGUGAACAUAGUAAGGUUGAUACUGCUCAUUCCAAGCCAAUGGCUCUGGUGGAGAGAAUUAUCCUUCUCGAUCCUCUUGGAGCAACACCAAUGACCGGACGGCCUGGAGCAGCCCACCGGUUCAUCAAUCUGCAGCAGGAAUACGGGCCGAUCCUUAAAGAACUUAUGGGACCAGAUGGGUCUCCUCUUGGAGAUGACAAGGACCUUUGCGCCUCAACUACGGCCCACGCUGCGAAUUUGGCUCUGGCCAGAGACACACUAGCGAUGUUGCCGCACACAUCAUCAGCUCUCAUUACUACACCCGAAGCUGCAGCCAACCUUACUGAGAUCCCACUCAAGUCUUCCGGACUGACAGGAUCCGAAUCUGGUUUUGAGAUGGGCGGCAUGGUUACAACUCGGCGCAAAAAGAACCCACUGUUGCACAACCUUCUCACAGAUAAGCCUGUGUUCUCGUCGUCUCUACCUAUGGCGCGCGCUCCAACCAACUCUGGUAAGGGGCAGACUGUGGGCGCAUCUUCGGGCUCAACUCUGCUCAAGAAGGGCAUGCCCCUUCGACUGUUUCCACAUCCUCGACAGGAUCCAUGGCGUCCGCCCAAGCCCGGUGCACCUCGUUUGCGCUUGACUGACAAGUGUAUCGACCUUCCUCGACUGGUCCAUCUGAUUGAAGACUCAUUUGGCAGAAAAUUAGACGUUGAUGACUAUCUUAACAGAGUAAACGAAAAUCUUGCUGGCGUCAUCAUUGCCGGAGAUUAUGAGGGUGGAGCUAUUCUAACCUGGGAGAAGCCCCAGGGCUUGGAUGAUCAGACUGCUUACGAACAAGGCCGCUAUGUGCCCUACUUGGACAAGUUUGCCGUCCUGAGGAAGAGUCAGGGCAGUAGUGGCUGCGCUGAUAUUGUGUUUAACGCAAUGGUACGGGGCUGUCUUCCUGAAGGUGUAUCUUGGCGAAGCCGGAAGGACAACCCUGUCAACAAGUGGUACUUUGAGCGAUCUUUGGGAACCAAAAAGCUAUCAGGUUGCAACUGGACGAUGUUUUGGACAACACCAAAGUUGCAUAUCGAAAGCCCUGUACUACAGGACUACGAGUCUGUAUGCAGGGGAGUAGAGCCUUCUUGGGCAGACAACAAACACAUCUUGGACUGA